AUGGCCUCUCCAACCAUUAUUGCGGUGGCCGCUCUGGUCGCCAUCUUGUUCUAUCACUACGUAAUCCAUCCUUAUUUCCUCUCCCCGCUAGCCAAAAUCCCCAAUGCCCAUUUUACCUCGCCUCUGUCGUCGGCGUGGAUUGAACGCAGACGCAAUGCUGGCAAGGAGGUCCUCACCAUCUUCGACUGCCAUCGCAAGUAUGGCUCCGUGGUGCGACUGGGCCCUAACGACUUGAGCGUCAAUUCCUUGAGUGGUCUCAAAACCAUCUACACAGGUGCUUUCGAGAAGCACCCGUGGUAUAGUGACCUGUUCAUCAACUUUCACACUGAGAAUCUCGUGGGCAUGGUGAACAACCAGCCACAUGCCCGCCAGAAGCGCAUGCUGAGCAAAAUCUACUCCAAGUCCUUUCUGCAGGAGUCGACGGAUCUCCGUGAUAUCUCGCGCAUCGUUCUAUCGCAGCGACUGUUGCCCACCUUGCAGCGGGUCGCGUCCAGUGGAGAAGCCAUCAAUGUGUUGCCCUUGUUCCAGGCCGUGGGCAUGGACUUCACCUCGGCGUAUCUAUUCGGCACCAGAAACAGCACGACGUAUAUCUCACAGCUGCCGGAAUGGCAGAAGUGGUUGGACGAAUACGAACAGUUCAAGGAGAUGAGCCGGGACGACCGUCGUGACGGCUUCAUCGAGUCCUGGUGUCUCUCCCUCUGUCGUCGCAUGGAACACAAUGCUCACCCAAACGACGUGCCGGUCGCCACAAAGCCUGUCGUGUAUAAUCAGCUGCGGGACAGCCUUGAAAAAGACUCAGACAGUCGUCCGCGCGAGUUAGUCAUUGCUUCCGAGCUGCUGGAUCACCUGGUGGCCGGUCACGAAACUACCGGCAUCACCUUCACCUACAUGAUGUGGGAGCUCUCGCGGCAUCCGCAUAUCCAAGCCGAGCUACGUCGCGAGCUUCUCACUCUGAGUUCGCAGUUAAAAUAUCCGUUCCUCUCCCCGACCAGUGGGGAUCUCCUUCAGAUCCCCUCCGCAUCCGCCAUCGACUCUCUCCCUCUGCUUGAUGCCAUCCUCCGGGAGAGCCUCCGCGUGCACUCUCCUGCUCCUGCACCACUACCCCGAUCCACUCCUGCUUCUGCAAAUGGCAUAUCGCUCGAUGGUUAUGACAAUAUCCCCGGUGGUGUGCGGGUGAGUUCCUCGGCAUACAGCCUCCAUCGCAUCGAAGAGAUCUAUCCUGAGUCAGACCAAUGGCGACCCGGACGAUGGCUGGAACCCGAACCAGGAAAGAUCCACGAUAUGCGGCGGCUGUUCUGGCCCUUUGGAAGUGGCGGACGAAUGUGUCUGGGAAGUAACUUUGCGAUGCAGGAAAUCAAGAUGGUCAUGGCGGCUGUAUACACCAAUUAUACGACAUCGAUCAUUGACGACGAAGGCAUUGAACAGGAUUUUGCUUUUAUUUCCCUGCCGGUCGGACGGAAGCUGAUGUUGAAGUUUACUCCGGUGGAGGAAUAA